GGUUGUAAUUCAAAAUUGACUUGCCGUGGAGAAGAACCACGGUGAGCAACUUGGCGGAAAUCGGGCUAAAAAUACAAGAACGAACAUUGCAAGAAAUCGCGACGCUUGUGCGUUCGCCAGAGAAGAUCUUGGACUCUUUUCGAAGCACAGAAAAAAAAUAUUUCUAAUAAAUAAAUAAUUCUCUUUCAAUUUGUCAAUAAAUUCGAACUAAAACGGCAAACGAAUUUUCAGUUAACGAUUAGCAAAGCGUUUGCACGAACGUUCGAGGGUACUUGGGUCCUAACCUAGUUGUCGCGAGUGUUAGACACAAUCUUAUAUUAGUGUACAUCCCUUUCAAGGCUGAAAAGGAUAAAUGUGUAUUGUUAAAUAAAUACAAUUAAAGUGAAUUAUUUUUUGAAAAUACACACAGUUCUAAAAAGCAAAGCGCCGAAAUGUCUGAUCCUAUAACAUUUUCCGUCGAUGAAAUGGAGCAGCGACGUCGUCGCGCCAGCGCUGCCCGCAAGGCUUCCAUCGUGCGUCCGCCCAGUCCACCAAAAGUCGAGUCGGAAGCAAUGGCGGCCAUCAAUGAGAUAUUCAAUCCAACUUAUAAGAAACCCGUGACCAAAGGCAACUAUCGCGCCCCCGACGAAGUGUCCGCCGAUGACUUGGAAGCGAUGAAGGACCUGGAUAUACGCAAGUUGGCUGAAUUGAAAGAAGUAUUCGUGCUGCUCGACUUGGACAGCGACGGCUUGAUUUCGAAGGAUGAUUUGCGCUUCACCUUCACCGCGCUCGGCACAGACACGCCGGACGAGCUGAUCGAGGAAAUGCUUAAGGAGGCAAAGGAUCCUUUGGACUACGAGGCUUUCAUAGAGUUAAUGAGCCAUCGCACGGUUGAGUUGGAUCCAGAGGAUGUGCUGUUGGAAGCUUGGAGCAAGUGGGACGAUUAUGGUACGGGCAAAAUUGAGGAGAAAAAAAUAUAUGAGGAGCUUACCAACUACGGCGAUGUCAUGACGACCGCAGAGGCCAACGAAGCGCUGAAGUAUGCACCGAUCGCCAAAGCCAAAACUCUCGAGGAACCUGCUAUGAUUGACUAUCCAGCCUUCUGUCGCAUCCUGUGUGGCUUGCGGAAGGGAAAGCCACGAGCAGACGAAUAAAACACACUUACACAUAUACAUACAGCUAUAACAAUAUUUAUUGCAGUUUGCUAGCUCAUCCAAGACCUCCAUACCCACAACCACAUGUCCACACACACAUAACGCUCCUAAGCACGUACAUAUGUGCACACAUGUGUGUGAGUGUGUGUGUUUGGGUGUGUGGUGUCCGAUAUUUUAUUGUGAAUACCAUGUAAAGUGACAUUUUUAUUGCGCACAAAUACUUUUUUCUCCGAUAACUCGAAUUUUUCUGUUUGAAAAUACAAUAAAUCAAAAGUGGUGUGUGCGAAGACACGCAGACUCAAAUGCGCUGUGAGCGUUUAAA